GCAACAAUGCGCUCCCACAUGCAGCGUGAAUCUACACAGAAUAGGGGCAGCCAUCUCACCGGCUCAUCCUUACAGCACGCGCCUCGAUCGGAUGCCUGAAAACCCAGCUUUGGCCUUGAGACAACUUUACUGUAAAAUUCGUAGAUUUUUACCAGAAAAUAUUCAAACAGGAUAUAUUUCGUUUAUACUGAGUCCUUCUGAGGCGAACAAACUCCGAUCAUUUUUAUCUUUUGUGAAGCAGACAAACAUCGACUGAUGCAAAGUGUCACGUAUAACGACAGUUAUCUCCGAUAGAACUCUGUACAGUGAAAUCUCGUUUUUAAGACGUCAGACAACUCGAUCGUCUUCUCACUCGCAGUUUUACAAAAUGAGUCUCAGAUCAGUUUUAGUCACUGGAGCAAGUCGUGGUCUGGGUCUGGAAUUUGUCAGGCAGAUCAUCGCUCAAAAAGAUCCUCCCAAGUAUGUUUUCGCAGCGUGCCGCAGUCCACAAAAUGCUGCCGAACUCCAAGCGCUAGCGAAAGAAAACAGCAACGUGAUUAUCAUCAAGCUUGAUGUUACUGACGACAGCGACAUUGAUUCGGCAGUCGAGCAGACGAGAGCUGUUUUGAAGAAUGAGGGAUUAAAUUUAUUGAUCAACAAUGUUGGGAUCUUCAAUAAGUCUAUAGGUGGAGAUCUUCAGCAACAGAGGCGCAAUGACCUGCAGUCGCACUUCGACACCAACGUCUCAGCUCCCAUAAUAGUCACACAAAAAUUCUUGCCGCUGCUAAAAAAGGCUGCAGAGGACAACAGCAGCCUGCCUCUGGGUUGCAGCAGGGCUGCUGUAAUCAACAUUUCAUCAUUUUUGGGUUCCAUUACAAAAGCAUUGCAAGGGACUGGCAAUCAGGAUUACAACUACUGUGUAUCAAAAGCUGCCUUGAACAUGGCUACAGCUCUCAUGUCCGUAGAGCUAAGGAGAUAUGGCAUACUUGUAGCAGCUCUACACCCUGGCUGGGUGCAGACAGACAUGGGAGGUCCCAAUGCUGCGCUGGAUAAGGAGACAAGCAUCCAGAAAUGUUGGUCAGUCAUCAAGAAUGCAUCUGAGAAAUCUUGUGGACUUCUUUUGAGUUACGAUGGCACUAUCAUACCCUUUUGAAACAGUUUGGUGAUUAUCUGCUAGUCAUUGGUAUAUGAUUUUGGAUAACACAGUUUAUUAUACAUUUUGCAUGUUCAUUAAACUAGACAAAGUACAAAUCAUAUGCAGCUUUUACUCUUUCCUAAUAUGUUUUGAUCAUGUGUGAACAUAGCAGCUUUUAUUGACUUUUGUAAACUGAUCAAAGAAAUUAACACUAAUUGUUUUUCAGCACAGUGUAUGUGAUCGACACUGGAGCAUUUACUGUUAGCUUAAUUUUUAUACCAGUAUUUCCCAAUCAGCAUUAUGUGUUCAUCUUUUAAUAAUUUGCAUUCAGAAAUUACUUAGCUCAUAAAGCAGAUUGUAGUAUUGUUUGCAUACUUCUGACAUGGCUAGGAAUUUACUAAAAUAAAGUUCAUGUUUGGAAUGGCA